AUGCACAUCCACACCACACACACACAUCAGUCCACAAAGUCCAAACCACAAUUACUCAUGUACAUAAGCAAAUUAACGCAAUUUUCCAUCAAGUUAAGCAGAACGGAGAAGUGCCUGAACGGUGGUUAUCCGACGAACGGGUCCUGCUUCUGA